CUGUGCUGAGAGUGACUGGUCACCCUCAAAUCUUUUCUCUUCUCUCCUGUGUUGUCUCCUCCUGCUCCUCCUCACCCCUUCUCUCUUUUUCUCAUCUUAUUAGGUGCAAUUUGAGAAGAAACUUUUAAUUAUGUCAUCACUGAAGACCCCUCAAGUUUUAGAGUUAGAUCCACCUACAGAGCUUAUAUUUAGAGGUCCAUUCAACGAAAUUGUAACCACAUCUCUUAAAUUAACUAAUCCUACGAAUGAGAAGGUCGGGUUUAAGGUAAAGACAACGGCUCCUAAGCAGUACUGUGUUCGGCCAAACAGUGGAAUCAUUGAAUCACACGAUGAGCAACAAGUAUCAGUAGUUAUGCUUCAGCCAUUGGAGGACAUACCUUUAGCUGACAGAAUGAAGCACAAGUUCAUGGUCCAGUCAAUGUGCGUUGAUGACUCAAUAAGUCCUGAUAUACUGGAUGACGCUAUGCGGAAAGCUGACAAGAAAAAGCUAAUGGAUUCCAAACUUAAAUGCUCUUUUGUUGAAGAGGAUAUUGCAGAGCAGCCAUCGUCCAGUAAAGCGGACACCAUCUCCGCCUCUUCUUUUGAGAGCAGUGAACAUGUUUUAGCACCCGAUAAUAAGAGCAGUGAAGCUUCUUUAGAUAACACGCCAGUUACGACAAUUACUCCGUCUGAGCAGCCAACUGCUGGCUCUACCCCUGGACACAACACAGGAAGGGAGGGUAAUCUAGAAUCAGAGCAUGUUGAAUCAGAGCUCAGACUUCUCAGAGAUAGAGCAAAGAAAUUAAAUGAAGAGAACAAAACACUUAAAACCGAGACAGAUCGACUAAGGCAGCAGUUCCUCACACAAUCAACAACUGUUAACAAGCCGAACAGAGUGGCUACGCCUCCCUCAUCUAACUUUGCCGUUACGCCUUUCAACGCCUUUGCGUUGCUUCUUAUCUUCAUUGCUUUAGUAAUGGGAUACAUUAUAGGAUCAAGUUCUUCUGCUUGAUAAUUGAAUUGAUGGAGAGAGUCCCGCGAUAUCUUUAUUUUAAUUUAUAAUAUUCUUCUUUCUCGUCUUUUAUCUUAUAAUAAUUUCCAAAAAUAGAACAAGAUGUGUGGAGAAGGAGAUGCCGUCCUUCUUUCUUAUCUAAUCUCUUCUUUUAAUAAUGAACUUGAAAGUUCUCUCUCUCUUUAUCUAGUUUAGUAAUUAUUAUUAUUGUUAUUAAUUUCUUAUACAGUAUGUGCAUUCAUGCAUUGAUGUGUAUGUUUUGUGCUUUGAAUUGAGUAAAUAUGAUUUCUUUAAUAAUCAUGCAAAUACGCAUGUACCUUGUUCUUACAGAGUUAUUUAAAAUGGAAGUAUUUUCUUUUA